AUGUUGUAUCUGUUGAUGUUGUCAAUAACUGAUCACACAAUUCACGAAGAAUUUGCAACAGCUUUGGGAUCCAAAGCUCCAUCAUAUCCAGCAGUUGCAGAGUGGGCAAAGCGUUUCCGUGAAGGAAGAGAAGAUGACAAUGAUGAUCCUCGAUCUGGUCGCCCAGUUUCCGUGCUUACAGAUGAAAAUAUUGAAUUAAUACGACAGGUUGUCAACAAUGAUCCACAUUCAACUUAUGAUGAUAUUAUAGCUGAGACGUCUCUCUCUCGUGGUACAAUAGAACAAAUUAUCCACAAUUAUCUCAAGAUGAAAAAAGUUACAUCUCGUUGGAUACCCCAUCAACUGAAUGAUGAACAAAAGCAAGAACGAGUUCGACUUUGUCGUGAAAAUUUAGCAAAAUUUCGUGAUGGUUCCUGCCGAUUAUGUGAUAUUAUUACAGGUGGUGAGACGUGGAUUUAUCAUAGGCAGAUUCAUCACAAGUCAACAAACAAAACCUGGAUUAGCGAAGGUGAAUCACCACGUACUAUCGUUCGUCGACGCAAAUUUGAGCGAAAAAAAUUAUUUUCUACCUUCUUUAAAUCAAAUGGUCCUGUUCUAAUACAUGCUGUUGAUAGUGACGAGACUAUAGCUCACGACUAUUAUAUAGAAAAUUGUCUCAAGCCUGUUGUCAAAUAA